AUGCCAUCGGGAAGGAUAUUGUUUCCUCGGAACAGGGAUCUUGACCCAAGUCCCAUACCAUGCGUGGAGGUGUCGAGGCAAAAGAAUAUGAAAAAGAAAGUGAAAGAGCCUCAAGCCUCUGCAAGGCUCUGUAACGAAACCGAAGUCGACAGAUGCUGCUCCUUGCUGACCGCUAUGCCCAGACAUGAGUUCCUAACUUUACCUUCACUAAGAGGCAGCGAUUUACUGUCCUAG